GUCAGGAGAGAGGCUCCGCCUCCGCGUAUCCCUAUGGGGUCCUGGGUAGGGGUCACCGCGUGAGGCUGGGGACACCACCAGGGGAUGCCGGGACCAGGGGAGACAUUGGGCUCGGAGGUUAUGGGGUCCAAAGGGCACCAGGCCGAGGAGGAGACACAAGUCCUGGACGCCGAUGAUCCGUUGGAUUCUGUCCAUGGCCACGCUCUGCUGGAAGCUGCUGAGCCCUGCAGGGUGGGAUCCCCCCCCAUGCCAUAAAUGCCCGUCCCAUGGGGUCCCCAUUGGACGUAUGAGGGUCCCCAUGGGCAGCACCACUGGCCCGAGGGACACCCGGCAUGUGGGGGCCGAUCCCAAUCCCCCAUCGACAUCGCAACGCAGCGGGCGCUGCCCGACCCCUCACUGCCCCCCAUCCGCCCCAUGGGGUACGACCACCCCCUCGUCCCCACCUUCAGCCUCACCAACAACGGCCACACCGUGGUGCUGGCGCUGCCGCCCACCUUACGCCUGGGGGGGCUGCCCCGAAGCUUUGCUGCUGCACAGCUCCACUUCCACUGGGGUCGGAGUGGCCAUCCCGAGGGGGCUGAGCAUCUCCUGGAUGGGCGCCGGGCACCCGCAGAGAUGCACGUGGUGCACUACGACGCGGAGCGCUACGCCAACGCCAGCGAGGCACAGCACCACGCAGCCGGGCUGGCUGUCCUCGGUGUCCUGUUGGAGGUUGGUGAUGAGCCCAACGCCGCCUAUUCCAACAUCCUGAGCCAUCUGGGCAGCAUCCGCUACGCCGGGCAGACAACAUCCAUCCCCUCCUUCAGCGUGCAGGAGCUGCUGCCCGAGCGCCUGGACCGCUACUACCGCUACAAUGGGUCCCUGACCACCCCCCCCUGCUUGCAGAGCGUGCUCUGGACUGUUUUCCAGCAGCCCGUCCGCAUCAGCGCGACGCAGCUGGAGCAGCUGCAGGGCUCCCUGUACGCCACAGCAGCCGAUGAGCCCUCAGCUGAGCGCCUGGAGGGCAAUUUUCGGGACCCCCAGGACCUCAACCAGCGUCCAGUGCUGGCGUCCUUCACCAGCAGUCCCGGGGGGUAUUCAACAGGUGAAGUCAUCGCCAUCGUUUUCGGCACCGUCCUCGGCUGCCUCGGCCUCUUCCUCACCGUUCACUUUGUGAACAAACGGCUUCGGCAGCACCAGGAGGACCCAGGAGCAGGACGUGGUUUUCAAGGCCUCCUCCCGGCGCGCGGCUUCAGAUGAGAGCCACCAACCCUGAGCUGGGGAAGGGACCCCCCCAGGAAGAGCGUGGUGGGGCUCAGCCCGACGGAAGGGGCCCCACUGGAAGUAAAGCCCCUUCCCAACCCCACAGCUGGGGGUUGGAGGCAGAGCAGAUUGCGGAGCGCUGACCCUAUUCCCCCCCCCCCCAUUUCACCCCCAUCCCAGAAAUCUCAGAGCCCCGA